CAGAGAGGAGGAAAGUCUGUUGACAGCAGAAAUCACACCCAGACCUCAGACAAGUUUGGACAUUUUCCGUCUUAUUAAACUCGCCUCGCUUCGCAUUGGGGGUGUCUCGAGCUUGCAGGAGCUCUCAAAGGUAUGGAAUAUGGCAACGACUGAAACACAGCUUAUGUUAAGCGUCGGAUUAAUCGAAAAAGAUGUGAACAGAGACACGUUGUGGGUGUGGUGUUAUCCAUCUGUGGGCUCUGAACUGAGGCAAGUCCUGCUCAGCAAGUGCUGUCUGACACAGGAUGGCCGUGAUUUCCACACCUUUGUGUUCGGUCAGUUCUGUCGUACCUGGUACUACAUCACCACCGUGGAGGUGCAGGAACCUACAGCACUGAGCAAGGUCACUCAUUUUUCCAUGGUUGUUACAGCAAAAGACUUCAACCCUGAGAAGUAUGCUGCACUCAGCAGAAUACUCUGCAGGAUGUACAUCAAACAUGGCAGUCCAGUGAAGAUGAUGGAAGCCUACAUCACCGUCCUCACCAAAGGAAUCUGUCAGAGCGACGAAAACGGCUCGUUUCUCAUUAAGGACCACGAUGUUCGGAAAGCGUACCUGGCAGGUUCGAUCAAAGAUGUGGUGUCUCAGUUUGGCAUGGAGACCAUCAUCCUGUACACCGCCCUGAUGCUGAAGAAGAGGAUCGUCGUCCACCACCCUCGGAUUGAAGCACUGCUGGAGUUUACGAGAGUUCUGCCGGCGCUGACCUGGCACAGGAAAGACUGGUCCAUCCUGCACCCAUAUGUGCACCUGACUGAUGCCGAACUGGAGGAUUUAAAGAAAUGUCCUGGAUACAUCGCAGGGUUUGUAGAUCCAGAAGUGAGCAACAGAUCGGACUUGUUUGAUGUGUUUGUGAACCUCUCAGACAGUGUCAUCACAGUAUCCCAGAGUGCCAAAGAAGCCAUGGCGAUGGGGAAGUUGCACAAGGAGAUUGGGCAACUGAUCGUCCAGUCUGCAGAGGAUCCUGAGAGAUCAGAUAGUCAAGUCAUUAAGGACAUUUCUGUCAAGACAAAAGAGAUUCUUGCCAACCUGGUUGCCCUGGCUAACGAGUGUGAAGACUCUAAAAUCACUCUGGAAGGUUUAAAGCAGCAUCAUUUCCCUCCGGCCACCGAGAAUUUCCUCUUUCAUUUGGCAGCUGCCGAGCAACUCUUAAGGAUAUAAAAGCUGUUUUCAGACGCUCCACUGCAGGGUGACAUGAGCAGCACCGACUCUGGCUGUGCUGCUGUGUAGACGUUGGAGUUGUUACCAUUUUCUGAAAGCCACUUUUUUUUACAGCAAACUUAAUGCGAGGAAAGAAGAGAGUCGUUAGCGUCAGAUUUGAUAAAAGGUGACUCUUGUCCCAAUACCAGGACCACAGAAUUAAAGGAUAAGUUUGGCAAUAUUCAACAGUUUUACAGCUGACAAAUUCCAUGAAAAGACCAAAACCAUCCAAAGUCUGAUAGUGUAUUUUCUCUGUGACAUAGAGCAUCACUGUUUCCAAAAAGUUACUAAAGCACAUCAAGAAGAAAAUGGCACAUACGGUUGUAUGAUGAACAUGCUGGCACUGUGGAUCCAUUGACUCUGGAUGUUAAGAGGGAGGGGUGGCGUGCUUUGCCUCGAGGACACUACACACAUCCAAUCACAGGGUAGCUCUGCCAUAUCUCCCUGCUUUGUCCUCCAUUUGACUCUAAAUGGAACCACAAUUCACAAAGUUAACAUCACUCUGUGUUCACAAAGUCUUGAAACUCGUAUUCAGGACCAUAAACUCAUGAGGAAAAUGUUUACUGAGGUAACAAAUCAAGGGAGAAGUGGGGUCAUGUUCUCAUAGACUUACACAAUCUGAAUCCUUUUUGCUUUAUGAGGAGUCGCCCCCUGCUGGCUGUUUGAAAGAAUGCACGUUUAAAGUACUUUUCAAGAUGCAAGAUGCUUUUAUUUUCAUCACACACGCGUGUACAACGAAAUUAAGGUGCACAGUCAGGAAACGGACUCAUAAACAAAUAGAAUAAGUAACAAUAACAUCACUCACACAACAACAUCCGAUCAUUGAUUCACACAACACUCUAAAACACACUCACAUCAGCACCAAAUGUACCGCGGCCAAUGCAGUAGGACAGUCAAAUGUUCAAAUAUUGGACUUCCACUGUCAGUGUGGUUCAUUGUUCAGUGUGAUUGUGGCUGUGGGGUAAAAACUGUUCCGGAGUCGUGUGGUGCGGGUUUUGAUGGAUCUGUAUCUUCUGCCAGAUGGCAGGAGUUCAAAGAGGUGUCGGGCAGGGUGGGACGGGUCUUUUAUGAUGUUGUGUGACUUCUGCAGGCAGCGAGUGGUGAAGAUGUUGUCCAGAGCUGGUAGUUGAGAGUUGAUGAUCUUCUGUGCAGUUUUUAUAAUCCGCUGCAGAGUCUUUCUGUCUGCUGCAGAGCAACUCCCGUACCAUGUCAGGAUGCUAUGAGUCACAGUACUCUCUAUGGUGCAGUGGUAAUAGGCCACAUGUAGGUGUUGGGACAGGUCGUCCUGAGUGUUCUCAGGAAGUAUAACCGCUGCUGGAUCUUUUUUACCAGCAUGUUGGUGUUGACAGUCCAUUUUAGAUCUUCUGUGACGUGGGUGCCCAAGGAUUCGAUCUUUGCAUUCGAUCCACUUUUCCUGGGGGCUACGCUCAUCUUUUAUGUGCUGUUUAUGUGAAGCUCACAUAUCGCUGGACAUGUAUUAAUCUGCAACUACAAGUAGUUCCCUACAAAUGCACAACUGGUUGCUGUCAGGGUCGUGUUCAGUGCCCGCCUGUUUUAGGAAGUUACCGACCGCUUUUUGAAAAAUGAUCCCUGUAUUUAUAUUUUUCCUUUCAGUGCGUACUGAUAUUACUUCUUCAUAACAUUGCACUGUGCUCAUAUAUUCGUUGCAGUCUCAAGUUUGCAACUCAAGUGAUACACGGUGAUGUAUGUCCUCUGCUGUGCAAAGGAUUGUGGGUCAGAAUGGCCAGAGGAGCGUGCUGGCUUGCGUACUUCAAAAUGCAACUGGAUAUCAUAGGACAUCCUGGUACUUCUGGCACACUGCAUUUAACAUACUAUGUAUUGGGCCACAGUAAAUCUUUAUUUGGCAUUCAGCAUACCAUUACAACGGUGACUGUUGAAGACAUAAACAUGGACCAACACAGUGAUGGUUGUGGCCUUUUCAUGGGAUUAUUGGGCAAAAUACAAGUGUCAUCCUUUAACAUUAAUAAUUGGCAACAAGGAGCUUUUGUAAUGUUGUGAAUUCAAGACAAAUGAGCUGAUCAGCUGGUACAUCAGCCAGUGUUUUCCAGAUGUUCUCUCCACAGUGCAACGCCAAACUUCCAAACAUCAUGAAUCUUGGAUGAAGUCACCGUGUGCUCGCUGUGAAGAGUCACACCCUGAUGUAUUUGCGCAGCGGCUGAAAUAACCCAGAUGUGACAAGCACUUACUAUUAUUGAGUUAGUUGACAGACACUGCGUUGUACGUGGUUAUCAGGUCGCAGCUGCAAUACUCGUUGCAAAUGUUUGUUUUUAACAAUGUCACAUUUUUGUAUUUUACUAAUGACAUGAGUGCCACACAACUGAAAUACAAGCAAACUGUGUUGUGCUAUGAGGCUUUUACAAAUGUACUUUUAUUAAAAAAUAUAUACUUAAAAAAAAAAAAAAAGGUUUAAAUGAUCAAUGCUUCCAUAUCCACAUUGGGUUUCACUCACCAGCCACUUUAUUAGAAAUAAACUACAAUCCAAUGGAACAGCCGUGCCAUUAACUCUACUUUUACAAAGCUUCUACAUUUUCAGUUUUUGUCGUCAAAAAGGAGAAAUUUCUACUUUAAUACUGAGCUCAUGGUGGGUGGUAGUGUUGUACUGGACUUUAUUACAGUUUGGAUUUUAUAAGUGAACCUAAUAAAUUGGCCAGUGAGUGUCUGUCGCCUUACGUGUCUCACUGUUCAGGAUGUUUUUUGGGUUUUUUUCAUGUGCACGUAGAUUCCUGUUGAGAACAUUUUCAUCCACAUUGCCAAACAGAUGGUUUUUGUGUCACAGCAUUUCAGCGAGAAUAAUAGAAACGCUGAUGUAACUUUGAAAACUAAAUGUAUUUUCAUGAAUUGAUGUAAGAUUUGCUAUAUCUAUAAAUACAUCUAAUAUUCCAACUAAAUAAAUUUAUUAUCAACAA